UCCUCAGCAUAUCUAGCUAUAACUCCAACAACAACCAUUGUUUCUUCUUCCUUUCCAUUUCUGUAAGUCACACCUGCAAAAUGUUUGUUGUUAAGUAUCUAUGAAUUGGUAUGUUGAUAAUUUGCAAACCUUUAGUUGGAAUCAGAUGUGAUGUUGGUUUAUGACCAAAAACUCCACACAUGAAGGCUGGAAUCCUGCAAGAGCCUCCAAUGUCUGUACCUGAAAAACAAAAGAAAAUUAUGAUUUACUUUCUUGUUUCUCAAGUUACUGACAUCUCUAGCCAUACUUGCAAAUAUAAUGAUACUUAUAAACGAAUAAUGUUUUUACUGCAUUAUCUAGCUGCAAUAGAGUACUCAGCAACUUAAUAUUUUUAGCAUGUACCAGCUAUACAGCUACAUAUAUUGCUGUCAGAUUGCCAAAUUAUUGGAAUCCCACUUAAUGUAGCCUAAUUUUGUAGCCCUUCUGUUGAGACAUUCUGACAAGUAUAGUGUCUACAUACUGCAAUGUUGCCAAGAUAUAGCCAAGAUACAGGAGAUAAGAUAUAUUUCAAGGAAAUAUCCUGCAAUAUGGUUAUGAUGACAGAGGAACGUUGGUUCGCGCACAGCCUUUUAUAAAAUAUGGAGUGGGAAAAUGAAAAGGCGCUCAAAUUAAUAGAUGAAUAUGAAAAAUAUCCGAUUUUAUGGAUUGCCAAACAUCCAGAGCACUAUUCAAGAAACAAAAAAGCAGAUGCGUGGGAACGUAUUGCGUAUAACUUAAAAGUGGAAGAGCAUGAAGCGAAACAGAAAAUGAAUAGUCUUCUAGGGUCAUUUCGUAGAGAAAAGGCAAAAGGAACAAAAAGUAUUGGGACAGGCAAAGAUCGGCAAGCUGUGUAUGUAUCGAAAUGGUAUGCAUUUAAAAUAAUGCAUUACUUACUUGACAAAGAUGAACCAAGAGAAACAAUUGAUGCAGAGACAGAAUGCGUUAUUGAUGACGUACAGAAUUCUGGGGAAAAAGAUCUCGGACCGUUUGAUAGUUCUCCCCAAAAUUCUAAUUUAGAUGCAAGUGAAGGAAACAAAAGACGUCAAAUUGACUUGCAAUCCGAAAAUGAACAGGAUGUGAAUGAAAUGCCUCCAAAACCGAAAAAGGUCAAAGCAAAAAGUAAAAAUGAAGAUCCAAGAUUGGAGGAAGCUUAUCAAAUUUUGAAAAAAGAGGCCGCACCUCAACCAGUCGUCACAGAAGAUGAAUUUGCAGUAUAUGGACAACAUAUAGCAAAUAACUGAGAGGUUACAGUAGAAGGACUCGAGUCGAAGUUGAACAUGCUUUCAGUAGAAUUCUAUAUAUGAUGCUGAUAUCUGCAAAUACGAGUGGGUUGCUCCACCAGUGCAGUUUGUUCCUCAUACUAUGGCACAACAACUUACAACACCUCUUCCAACAAUGUAUCCUCCUAAUUCUACACUACAUUCUACCCCAUCACGUUCUCCCUGUCUAACUCCUUACACAACUUAUUCUUCCUCACAAUCCCACUGCUCAACCCUUAACCCCACCUUAACGGAAAUGGUAAAUGUAGAGUUGGCUUAUUCAGACUCACUUUGACGUGACGCAUUCAACAUUGUACGACAUAAUUACAUUUUGGUUUAUAUAUACGCAUUUCAAGCUGUAGCAUUCUAAGUUUAAUAAAUAAAAUAUUUAAGUAUGUG